AUGACAACAGCAAUCCCGGCGAGCUCUGAUUCCUCCCCGGCGCAUGCUCCUCCCCAUCCGCCUCAAUCUCAUCCUCACUCUCAGCCAACCGCCGUAGCGCGCUCCCUCUCUACCCAAAUCCGGCCUCCUGUCUCCGCCUCUGGGCCUCCUCCAAAACGUACCUCCUCCACAAACCACCACCAUCAUCACCACAGCCGAAGUCAACAACUCCAGCAACGCUCCCACUCCCGACAAUCCUCCUUUACAACUACUGCCGCUGCCGCCGCCCCUCCUCGUCUCGUUCAAGAUCUGCUCCCGCAACAUGAUUACGAAACUGCAAAAGUAGUCUCCUACUCCAAGCGCACCGUCCCAAGAGACCAACCACCCUCGUCAUCUCGCGCUGACGCCUCGCGUCCUCAGCGUCACAGCAGCACCACAUCCAAUCAGAAUUCUCACCAUCGCAUCUCCGACAUGCCCGCAAACACCGCCGUCGCCAACAACGCUGGGCCAGCUCCCGUGAGCAGCCAUGGCGCACCCGACCCAAGAAGCCCCGGCGCGACUUCCUCCUCGAAGCAUACCAGCAGAUCCCGUACCACUAUCCCUACCCCAUCUGGAAAAUGGAUUCUGGGCAAGACGAUCGGUGCUGGGAGUAUGGGCAAAGUGAAACUGGCCCGCAAGGAGGAUACAGGCGAGCAGGUCGCCUGCAAAAUCAUCCCCCGUGGUUCCACAGAGGAUGGGCACCAAACCAAAGCAGACAAGGAGAGGGCCGACCAAUCCAAGGAGAUCAGAACCGCCCGAGAGGCUGCCAUCGUUACUCUCCUAAGCCACCCCAACAUCUGUGGCAUGCGAGACGUCGUGCGUACGAACUACCAUUGGUAUAUGCUCUGCGAAUACGUCAAUGGCGGACAGAUGCUCGACUACAUAAUCUCGCAUGGCAAGUUGAAGGAGAAGCAAGCCCGUAAAUUCAGUCGGCAGAUCGCCAGUGCUCUCGAUUACUGCCACCGCAACAGCAUUGUCCACCGAGAUCUUAAGAUUGAAAAUAUCCUCAUCAGCAAAAAUGGAGACAUCAAGAUCAUCGACUUUGGCCUGAGUAAUCUUUUCGCCCCGCGCGGUCACCUGAAAACCUUUUGCGGUAGUCUUUACUUUGCUGCCCCUGAGCUUCUCCAGGCUAGGGCCUAUACGGGUCCCGAAGUUGACGUGUGGAGCUUCGGUAUUGUCCUCUACGUUCUAGUCUGCGGGAAAGUUCCUUUCGAUGAUCAGAGUAUGCCCGCCUUGCAUGCCAAGAUCAAAAAGGGCCUGGUUGAUUACCCCAGUUGGCUUUCAAGCGAAUGCAAGCAUCUGCUCUCUCGAAUGCUUGUUACCGAUCCCAAACAACGUGCCACAAUGCAGGAAGUCAUGAAUCAUCCAUGGAUGGUCAAAGGAUACAGUGGACCACCCGACAAUGGCCUGCCGCCGCGAGAGCCGCUUACUCUUCCAUUAGACGCUGACGUAGUCAACGCCAUGACUGGGUUCAACUUUGGCUCCCCAGACGCCAUCAGAGCUCAGUUGACGAGAACGAUUGAAUCCGAGGAAUACCAGCGUGCGGUCAAGCUAUAUCAGCGUGAAAAGGAGCUCCCCCAGCCGGCCAGAGACGUCGAAAAGAAGCGUGGCUUUGGCUUUGAUUUUUACAAAAGGAGGAACUCGGGCAACAGCCGUGAUACACUGACGGCGCCAAGUUCCGAGGCUUUGCAGCUUGGCAAUGAUCCUCUCAACGCAUUCAGUCCCUUGGUUUCGAUUUACUACCUGGUACGAGAGAAACAGGACCGUGAUCACCUUGAGAAGAACCCGGGUGUUCCGAAUGCUCCCAAGGAGAAGCCUGCGGUUCCCGAGAUCACACCGCCACAAGAGGCGCAUACAAAUUCAUCGGCCUACGAGAUGCCUGGUGAGAGGGCCACUGGGGGACGCUCUCGUCCUCGCGCCAGAACUCACGGGGAAGACGAGGCCCCCGAUGCGGUCAAGAACUCACAGCUAUCACCGACAACACCUCUUUCACCGGAGGUACCUCCUGAACCACUUCCUAAGAAGGAGAGCACGGCAGCUGGAAUCCUUAGACGAUUCAGCACCCGAAGACGCAGAGAUCCGGAGAGGUUAGACAGGGACCGGUCUCAUCCCCCGGUUGUUCAGGUUCACUCUCCGUCAGAGGCUUCCGCUCCGUUGCCCCGCAAGAGCUUCAGCAUCCGGCGAGGCAGACGGGAACGUGAAGAACCCGACCCUCUCCCACUGCGCUCUGGUAGUAGCCAGCCACAGCACGGUGAGCUCCUCAGUCCACCCUUAUCCGCUGGGGGUCAGUCACCGCGCCGUAAGGGUUUGGGCCGAUCUACUAGCGUCAAUUCCGCAGACAUGCGUCGCCGUGGAUCAACUCGGGCUCUGAAUGAACCGCCACCAACAAGUGGGUCAGACCAGUCAACAUCCAUGGACAGACCACAACCUGCGCAGAGAGAAAGUCAGCAGACACGAGCGGCCUCCAUGCGAGCCAAGUCGCUUGGUCACGCUAGGCGCGAAAGCAUCCAACAGCGGAGACUUCGCCGGGAGGAGGCAAGAGAAGCAAAUGUCCCUGAGGAGACGGAUCAGGAGCACGAGCAAGGCGACCAGAGCGGUGUCUCAACUGACAGGCUUGAUAGUUCCGACCUGGCUAAGCCUGUCUUUCUCAAGGGUCUGUUCAGUGUCUCGACAACGUCAACAAAGAAUGUGACGGAAAUUAGGGCGGAUAUCAAACGGGUGCUCAAGGGUCUUGGAGUUGAUUACACCGAGAUCAAGGGCGGCUUCUUGUGCAAGCAUACACCUAGUAUCGACCUCAAGAAAGUACAGGAUCCGCCCGGUAGCCCUGGACAAGCGCCACCAGGGCACAGGAGACGCUUCAGCUUCGGGGCUAUCCGAAGUGGCGACCGAGAGAGAGAAGACUUGCGCGAGACGGAGCGAGGCCCUAUCACACCACGUGGCACCGGUAGGAACGGGGUCGACCAGAGUUGCUCCAACUCCGAUGUCUCAGUCGAUAGUGUCUCGCGGGAGGCGGGAGGCUCAUCUCGAAGAGUUCCGGGCGAGACGAGCACACACGUCCAAAGUGACCUCGGCGGAAGUAUGGUUUUGGAAUUCGAAAUAUUCAUCGUCAAGGUUCCGCUGCUCUCCCUCCACGGGAUUCAAUUCAAACGGUUGGUGGGAAACACAUGGCAGUACAAGAACAUGGCCGAUCAGGUUCUGAGAGAGCUUCGCCUGUAG